GUCUCUUCCUCACGGUAUCGCUAGCUCAGAUCAGCUGGUACGGCACUAGACCCUAGACUUUCACCCAAUCUCCGGUCUCCUCACCACCGGCGGCGCCGAUUCCGACAUCAAGCCAGGGCUGAAGUGUGCAUCUGCUGCGUUCAGCGGUCGUCGGUUGAUUUAUACUCCAAUAAACCAUCUCUGAAUCUCUAGCGGCAGGCCGGGUAGAAGCCUAACCAAGCUUUCAAGUAGAUCCACCACUGGGCAUAGAAAUGGAAGAAGACGGAUAUUCAGCAUCAAAGCUGUUCAACCAAGGUUAUUCCUACACUUACGAUGACCUUAUCUUCCUUCCUCACUUUAUCGACUUCCCAACCGAAGCAGUUUCCCUUUCUACUAAGCUUUCAAAGAAUGUUCCUCUCCAUAUUCCUUGCGUUUCUUCUCCUAUGGACACUGUUACUGAGUCUUACAUGGCUUCCGCUAUGGCCGCUCUCGGUGGUAUCGGGAUUAUUCACUGUAAUCUCUCUCCUUCUCUUCAAGCUCACUUGGUUACUUCCGCUAAGUCACGCCGUGUUCCUCUUUUAUCAACUCCUGUUUUCAGCUCUCCUGAUUCCAGGAUUACCCAUCACUUUGAAGAUCACUCUCUGCCCUGUGUUUUAGUUACUCAGUCAGGUACUGCUGACUCCAAGCUCAUAGGCUAUGUACUCAAGUCUGAUUGGAUGGGUUUAACUGAUAAAGAAACUAAAUUGAUGGAUUUUAUGCAUACCACCAAUAACCCUAAUGUUUGUGUUCCUUGGAGUUAUGAGCUCCACGACAUUGAUGCCUUUCUCAAACAAGAAAACCAAGAUUUUGCCAUUCUUCAGAAGGAAGGAGGAGAGGCAGUGGAUGUCAUUUCCAAGGAAGAAGUCGAGAGGGUCAAAGGAUAUCCCAAGUUAACCAAAGGAUCCGUGGGUUCCGAUGGCAAGUGGAUGGUCGGGGCAUCUAUUGGUACCCGGGAAUCUGAUAAGGAGAGAUUGGAGCAUUUGGUUAAAGCCGGGAUAAACGCCGUGGUUUUGGAUAGUUCACAAGGCAACUCCACUUACCAAAUUGAAAUGAUCAAGUAUAUUAAGACAACAUAUUCUGAGUUGGAUGUAAUUGGUGGUAAUGUGGUAACUGUAAAUCAGGCACAUAAUCUGAUCAAGGCAGGCGUAGAUGGAUUGAGAGUUGGAAUGGGGUCUGGCUCUAUUUGCACCACCCAGGAGGUUUGUGCAGUUGGUAGAGGACAGGCUACUGCUGUGUACAAGGUUUCAUCUGUAGCGGCACAAAGUGGUGUUCCUGUUAUUGCCGAUGGCGGCAUUUCAAAUUCAGGUCAUAUUGUCAAGGCUUUAUCACUGGGUGCAUCUACUGUAAUGAUGGGAGGGUUUUUAGCAGGAAGCACUGAAGCCCCUGGAGCUUAUGUGUGUCAGAAUGGUAGUCGGAUAAAAACAUAUCGGGGCAUGGGGUCUUUAGAAGCAAUGACGAAAGGAAGUGAUCAAAGAUACUUAGGAGAUACGUCUAAGCUGAAGAUUGCACAGGGAGUUGUGGGAGCAGUUGCUGAUAAGGGGUCAGUGUUGAGGCUUGUACCGUACACCAUGCAAGCUGUGAAGCAAGGGUUCCAGGAUAUUGGUGCUUCUUCUUUGCAGUCCGCUCAUGAUUUAUUAAGAUCAAACACUCUGAGGCUUGAGGUACGAACAGGUGCUGCACAAGUUGAAGGUGGAAUACAUGGCUUGGUUUCUUAUGAGAAGAAAGCUUUUUAAAUGCUAAUUAUCUUCACCAAUUUUGACAUUUUACAACCACUCUAUCUUUGGAUGCCAAUUUUUCCAUUUGUACUUCUAUUGUUGUUUUUAGCAAAUUAGUCAGUACUUCAUUUUUUUUUUCAAUUCAUCAAAUUUCAUUAAAACAUUUAUGUUUGUAAGAAAUUCGAAAAGAAUUUGAAAAUUUAAUCUGAUGACCUGAUAUGUAACAAACAUUCUGUACUAUUAUGUGUCAUGUUUUAUUUGUAGAUUUA